AUGGCCUACAACGGGUAUGGCUACCCUCAAUACCAACACACGAACGCCCGAGCCCAGCAGAACCAGGCCCAGCACGCUCCUCCGUCGUCCCAAACCCCAAAACUGGCAGCACCGGCACCCCAGAAUAGCUCCCAGGAUUAUGGGCAACGGCACGGCAGCUGGAAUGGACAGAACGCAUCUGGGCCACAAACAUCAAAUCAGCAAAAUGCUAGUAAUAACUACUGGAUACCUUCAAACAGCACCACAGGCCAAUCUAUAGCCUACCAGCAGCAAGUGUCAUAUCGUGUGUCAGAUACGAACCAGGCAACAAACUCUGUGCAUCAAUAUAACGGCCAGAUACAGCCUCAGAGCCGUACCAGUACACAUGGUGCGACCAACUAUGGAAACGAAUCUAACUCGAGCAUGGAUACAGUGCGGGAUACGGUGAAUUCCACCAAUCACUAUAUCUCCAACUCCUCGCCGGGCCAGACUGCCACGGUUCCUGCAGUUGCAAUGUCUCAGAACCCUCGGUCUUAUCAACCAAAUGCGCCACCACAUCAGUCCGACUAUAUGCAAAACUCUCGCACCGCUGCGGCCACAGCGAUGACUGCUUUGUCCACUGCCGCUCGGCGUAAUUAUACCCAAAAUGUGCCAGCUACCAAUACAGACUCUUAUCAGGUAUCAAAUUCAGUUCGGUAUAAUGCGCCGGCCAGGGGUCCUACCCGGAGCCAGCUAGCAACCAAUAAUUCAAACUCUUCAAACACAGUAUAUCAAUUUCAGGCUAGCAAUUCCGGCCAGGCUUUUGAAACUACAGGCACGGCUGCUUCUAGUACCUUACACCAGACAAGUAAUACCCCGGGCAUGAGCACUCCUUCGGUCACUUCAAGCGCAGAACCCUCACCACAGCUGCAACACCGCGUCCACCAAGCACAAUCUACUUCUCACUCUCCCACUCUCCUUCAGCAUCCGGAUAGGACUAGCUCUGGUUCUCAGAUGCGCCCUCCGCCUCAAAAAUAUUCUAUGAAUAAUGCAGUAUCUGAUAACGAGCGUCCUUCCGCAGCCAUGAAUCAAAGUGCUUACUCACAACCAACUGAUGCGAGCUCUGUAAUUGCAGAGUCCGCUACUCAUAAUUCCCUACCUAGAUUUGUCGAUCCAACCAACGUAUAUAACCCUUAUUACCGCCAGUUUGGAGCUUCGGGGGCUGCUCACACUGCUCACACUGCUCACACAACAGUUGAGUCUGAUGCAGCAAGUGUGGCUAGCGGAAUAGAAACAACACAGGUAGUAGCACAGCAAAAUUCCACUCAGUCCCCGGCUCUAAACGUUACAGAGUUGAAUGCGGCGCCUACUACAACACUAUCUAAUACGGCCUCCAAUGCUCUGAAUGGAUCAAUAACGAAUAAGGGUCCAAAGGAUACUCCAAAACCUCUUUCAAAGCCUCUUUCAAAGGGUACUCCGAAAAAAGUGAGGAAGAAGCCAAGUCGAAAGACGAAGUCUGCGGCGGCGGGCACCUCAAUCAUUACGGCAGUUGAGCCCCAAACCGCUUCAAGCACACAAGAACAAGCCAAUGACAAAGAAGACACAGCUACUCAGAUGCAAAUAAUGCUUGACGAAAUGCGCAAGAAAGACCCAGACUUAUUUAGAUCGAUCUUAGCUGCGAAUAUGAGUAAACAAGAGAGUAAUGGACAAAAAGCCCAAGUUCCAGCCAAUGUUGUUGAUGGCAUCACCGCAAAUGAUUGCUUUGCAGACUCUAGUACACCCGGUUCAGCGCAACCUCCACAGCUGCCCCACUCCAAUCAUACUAUACCGCUAAAAGAGACACGCAAGAAACGUGCAGCAGGUGAAGCGGUAUUCCGAAUAAGUACGCAUGCGCAAAAAGGCGCUGCACCUUCAACUGUCAACAAUAUGUCUACUGGAAAUAUACAAGCUGAGCAGCGGCUCCUAGAAGCAGCAUUACCUUCUACCACGCCUGGUGAAAUGGAGAGUGGUGUCGAGGCUGCCAGCCCAGGACAAAUUACCAAACUAGGCUUCAUUGAUGGUCUACCUGACUUGGGAAAAUUCCCAGCAUUACGACGAAAGCGGAAACCGAAGAUCAGUCUUUUAGGCAAUGGCUCCCAUUCUGAUUCUAUCAGCAUAUCAGGCUUGAAUAAUGAGGUAAACACAGCAGACCAUGGUGGUGGAACUGCGCCAACAGCUCAAGCAGCUACUACUAUGGCCCAGCCAUACGCUGCCUUAAGUAUAGAAGAGCAACGGUUGAGCCUGUUGGAUAAUUUCACUAGGACUGGAAAUGCUGAAUUUCCUCAGUCACAUGCUAACCCUCCACCUACGACUAAAGAUACCCAGCUCUCCCAGGCAGAUCAUGUCAAUACCACUCAUCAGACUCCACCACCCCCUCAAGUGCAACGGCAGUCUUCAGGGGAGGAAGUGGGAAAGGGGGGGAACAUGACUUCCAUUUGGCCUUACCAUAAGCGGCGGGUCCUAACCGAGUCAGCGUGCGAAUAUAUCGCCACACUCCCAGGAAAUGGCCCCAUUACUCCCGAAUUUGUAUCGAGUUUAAUUGAACAGAAUCCUAGCUAUGUACAGCUUUGCAAUAUGUUGGAGGACCAUGGCUAUACGGUAAACAAGGUCCAUUUCGCAAAACAUCUUUUACAAGCCUUUCCAGACCUCGGCGAGAGCUCAAACAAUGCAACGAAGCCCAUUUCGGAGCCAACGUUACAAGCUCCUCACCCCAGCUUGCCUGUUUCAUCCUUCGUAUCUUCCACUCCUGCUACUCCAAUACCUCAGCAAAGUCCAAAAGCAACGAAGCACCAUAUAGGCACUGUUCCCGUGAAUUCGGGAACAAACCUUCCUCUAUCAAAAGAGGAGCAACGUCAGAAGUCUCUGAAUUUACUCCAUAUAUCUAAGCGUCGCAUGAAGAAUGCUCCCCAGCGCCGCACGUCCAUAUCUGCUUCACCCGCACCCCAGCCACGCGAACCCUUUCCUAACUCUAAGGAAGCCAUGGCUAGGAAGCAAACUUUUGCCGAGAUUGUCGACCUUUCUCAAGCAUUUAGUGACGAGGAUGAGAGUGGGCCCGAGGACGAAGAGAUAGAUCAGCCAAACCAGGUUAUCGUUGGGGCUGAUGACCCAAUGGACACCUCACCAGACGUCCCCAUGGAAGAUAAUAUUCCCUCUAUUCCUGUCCAGCCUAAUACCACAGAAACCCUUGCUCAAAACCCAUUAACGGACCGCGAAGUAGUUCCGGCUGCCCAACCACAACCUACUCGAUCUCGCGAGCCGUCCCUUGCAACCCAGCCUACGGCAGAGGAACCCGUUAACACAGCCAAGCAUAAAGAACACAACGGAAUACCCCAGACUACUGGAAUAGAGGAUCUCCGUCGUUUUAAUGGUAUUAUCAAGCCCAUCAACAAAGCCAAGGCCCUGAAAAGAUCAUACUACGAUCCUAGAACAAUCGCUAGAGAUAUCUUGAUUGCCGCUGGCCGCCACCCCACAGAACGUCCACUCAACCAUCAUUUGCUAAAACUGAAGGAAAAAUUUCAAUUUAUUGAUUACACCUCGGAUCUCGAGACAUUCCGAUGGGAUCUCGUGGACCCUGGUGGUCCUCCUCCCCCGAAAAUUACCCCUGAGCCCCUAAUACCCCAACCCAAGUUUCAUCCACGUGAUACCUCACGUGAUGCAACUAGCGGAAGGCAAUACCAGUCGCUUGAUCGCGCUCCCUCACAGUUAAGAAUUUCUCACACCAUCAACGCCGAUUCUGCUUCUCCUUUAAGGGCUAUGGCUCCAACUCCCACACGAUCUUCACAUGCUUCUCCUCUUCCUACAAGACGACGACCUGGACGUCCGCCGGGUGCGAAAAAUAAGCCGAAGCCUGUCCCUUCAAUCGCAAGACAUGUCGAAGUUGCUAUCCCUAGAGCCACGCCACAGCCCUCAUCAAAUACCUAUGCAAUAUAUGAAUGUCAUUUCGAUAGUUGUGGUGCAAAACUACACAACUUUGAGGUCUUCCGAAAACACGUCUUAAAACUACAUAGCCAGGCCGGUGAAGAUCAGGCAGUUUGCUUAUGGACAGGUUGCGUUCCUACGCAAUCAACACCGCGUACCUUUUCUACCGGUGGGCUCAAGGAACAUUUAGACAAUGUACAUCUAAGUCCACUGGCUUGGAAACUAGGCGACGGACCCAAGUCUGUAUCCUCUGGACACCCAUGCUUUAACCCAAGUUCGUGCCUUUAUGAUGAUGAAGGCCGUGCAGUGGUAUCUAAGGCGACAACCAACGGUUCUACCCCUGCCAUUAUUUUACCUACUACGUGGCGCCCAAUACGUGACUUUAAUAAGAAUCACGGGCAUGACAGCUAUAGAUCAAGUGCUCUCCAGAUUAUGAGAGCACUCUCGGCGAAACAGGCAAAUGUGGGCGCGGGGUUAGGACCAGGAGGCUGUAUAUUAAUGAAUGAGCAGAGGCAGGGCACUGUUGUCGCACACGACGAUGUUUACAGAAUUUUACCAGCGGGGAAAAGAGAAUAUUAA